AUGGAUGAAGAAAACAUUAUUAAUCACACUACAUCAAUGGCCUCUAAACCUCCAAAUGCUCGAAGAGAAAUGGAACUAAUUCAUGCAUGGGUAAAUAAUCCUAAUGUAGAUCCUGGAUCACUAAUUGAUUGGCCAGGAAUUGGAGCAUCUCCAAUAAAUGAGUAUGUCACUGAAGGAUUACUUGAUAUGGCUUUUCCAACACUAUUCCCAGAUGGACAGUGUGAUUGGAUAGAACCACGAAUAAGGAGAGUCCAUCUACAUGAGUUUGUUAAGCAUUUACUUCGAUAUAGAGAUCAUCAUUUUGGUCGACACCCAAGAUUUAGAUAUUAUAUGAUGAAUAUGAUUAUGCGACAUCGUGCACAAAACUCAUCUGCAAUGUUUGUCAAAAAGAGCUUGCAAGAGAUGCCAAUCACAAUCAAUGAGUUACGAGAACAUAUGGAAAAUAUCCCACACUCACAUCUAGCUGAUCGUUUGAUGCGCUUUGGCACAACACUAAGGGGUACAAGGUCUUAUUGGGCAAAAUGUCGAGCUGAAUUAUUUGACCUCUUGCAUCAAAUUGGUACACCAACAAUUUUCUUUAAUUUGAGUGCAGCAAAUAUGUACUGGCCAGAUUUGCAUGCAUUAAUGCCAAGGACACAGCCAACUAAUCCACAAGAAGCACAAAAAUGGAGGCGUCAAAAUAUUAUUGACUACCCACAUAUUGUGGCAUAUUACAUGCACCUACGCUAUACAAUGUUUAGAAAGGAAAUACUGCAAAAGGGAAUGAAGGCAAAAGAUUAUUGGUCAAGAUAUGAAUGGCAACAUAGAGGAUCACCACAUGUGCAUGGAUUCAUAUGGUUAGAGGGAGCACCUAACAUAGACAAUCUUGAUUGGAAAAAUCAUGAUGAAUUAAAACAUGCUAAAAAAUACUUUGAUUCUAUUAUCCAUGCAUGGAAUCCACGAGGGGAUCCACAUCAACGAAACAUACAGGUCUUACAAAAUUUUACACAACAUCCAUGCCUUCAAAAUACACAACAACUAAACCAGAUUGACUUAACACGUGACUAUGAAGAGUUGCUCAAUUGUGUUGAACGCCAUACAAUGUGUAAAGAGGGUGCUUGCCUUCGUAAAAAACGAGGAAGAAUGGUUUGUAGGUACAAUGCACCAUGGCCAUUACACCUAGAUGGAUCAAAAUUAUUUGAAGACCCAGCCACAGGAGAUAAAGUGUAUGAACCUGCAAGAAAUGAUGAUAGAGUAAACACGCAUAAUCGUAACAUACUUCAGUUAUGGAGAGCAAAUGUAGAUUGGCAACCAGUUCUUUCAAGACAUGUUGUAAUGAAUUAUAUUGCGAAGUAUGCAGCAAAAGCAUAA